GUGUGGAGAGUUAUCCUGCAACAAACGUUGCCGAUAUACAGUGACCAAGCUCAUUCUAUAACAUGUGACCUUGGAGAAGAGAUUUCUGUUGAAUCCUCCAUCAGACAUGAAUCUGAUGUGGUGGGAUUAUCUUACAAGUUAGUCGACUGUAGGAAUGAAGAAUAUUGUGAUCCCAAUUUUGUCUGUGGGCUUCGCAAGCCAUUUUUUGUAUCACGGCAUGUAGUAUGCAUAGAAAGCCUCAUCGAUAGGUUUAUGAGCGUCUACAUACGUACAUCAAGCUUCUUCAAAGGUUCUGUUUAUCGAGGCAGUCGAGACUAUGAAACUGACGUCAGUCGUGUGGACAACGACGGAAUCUGCACUUUGGUUAUACUGUGUGUCUCAGAACUCCAAGUUCCGGUAGGGGACGGUGAAGCGACUCGCAACUCUUUCUACCUUUUCCAAGUUCAAGUCCUUUGGAGUAUCUUCCAAGGUUGGAAAGUUGGUGGCAAAUGUCGGAUAAUCAAAGAGUUGAAACCGGAGGUCGCUUUCAAUCCUAGUUCAUGGUAUCCUUAUGCACGUUCCUGUUUGAGAAGCCGACUAUAUAUUAUAUACCCAAUACGAAAGUUGUUCUCGGGAGAGAUUCAGGACGUAUUACCUCAGAAAACAAAGCCAUAG